AUGCACCCAAAUUGUCUCUUGGCAAAAAAUAACAAUGAGAUAUACAGAAUAUAUAAAAAAGGACAAUACAAUACAAGCACACACGAACGUUGGUAUUUACAGAGAACCCCAUCAUAUAGCAUGAACGUUUUAAGUUAUUUCAAGUCGCAGAAACCCGCUACAGAGAACCAUAGGCAGUCGGCCGACGAAGCACCUCGAGAAACUAUUGACGAGGAAGUUAGACAUGAAAUUUCAGAAUGUAUUGACAUCGACGAUGAUGAUGCACAUUCUGUCUGUUCAGGAGGGUGCCAUUCCGCGGAUGAGGAUAUCGUUAGAGGUGAAGAAGUGUUCAAGAAGUUGCAGAUCGAUAAGGAGACCCCGUUGUUUAAUUCAUCUAAGACACCCAAGCUCCAUUUCGUGGUCCCCACUUCACAAAUUGAUUGGCAAUUUGACGCAUGUAUGGAGAACGAAAAAUCUGUGCAAUAUAAGAUUAACCAAUGGUGUCAGGAUCAUGCGGACGAGUAUUUGCAGACCGGUGAGGGUCAAACGUUGACAUGUAGUGUCACUUCAUUACCAAAGGACAUUAUGGAUAUUGAAGUCAUGAGAGGAACCAAGAAUAACGUUCUUAUAUUACCCCAUUUUAUAUGGAUCAAUGAUCUCAAGAGUGAUGACGUGAAGAACACAUUGGAUGAAUUAGUACCCGUUUUGUUGGAUCAUAACUUGGAUAAGGAAACCCUUCUGAAGCAGAAAUCCAAUCUAUCCCUAGCCAGAGAAAAGGCGUUCGUGUUUAUUUGUUCUCAUACAACAAGAGAUAAGAGGUGUGGAGUUACAGCACCAUAUUUAAAGAAAACUUUUGAAAAACAGUUACAACCUCAUGGAUUGUAUAGAGAUAACUCUGAUUUUAGGCCCGAUGGUGUGAAUGUAUGUUUCAUUAACCAUGUUGGAGGUCAUAAAUUUGCAGGGAACGUUCAAAUAUAUCUGAAAAACGAUCAUACACUCAUUUGGUUGGGACGUAUCACUCCAAAAAAUGUACCCACCAUUGCAGAAAACGUCCUUAUCCCAGAAAAGCCCACUUUACCAUUACCUGAAAAGGUGAGGUGUAUAAAGAAAUAUGCAGCAUGGUAA